CAAAGUCUUACAGGGCAUCCAAACAAAGUCUUGAAUAACAAAUGUCACCACCUGGAGCAUCCACACUUGAAACAAGGACUUACAGGGCAUCCUACAAUGACUUCCACGAAAAAAAAUAUAUAUUUGUAACGCGCAAACAAAGACUUAGGACUAUCAAUAAUUCAAUACCAAAAUCAUCACAGAAUGGUGGGGAACUUAUGCCCUCCAGACUUAGGACUAUCAAUAAUUCAAUAGCAAAAGCAAUUUGCCCAAUAAUUGUUACAAAUGUAUAUAACAAAUUUUAUAUCAAGCAUGUACUCUUGAAUUGCCACAAAACCUCAGUUGACUUGGAGCAUUACAAAUUCCCAGUUUUAAAUGUUAGUUCAGCUCACCAUUUCCUCUUAAUUAUCCCGUCAAAAACAAAGCCUACUACUGCACAGAAACACUUCAAACAAGAAAAUGGCCGAAAUUGCGGUGCUCCAUCUACUAGCCAACUUUGCACCCUUCCUUCAGGGAGAGGUCAAUUUGCUGAGCCGAGUUCGGGAAGAGAUGGAAGACAUUAGAGGUGAAUUCGAGCGCAUGUCAGCUUUCCUCAAAGUUGCUGAUGCUAAGGAAGAAAGUGAUCCUGAACUCAAAGUUUGGAUCAAACAAGUCCGAGAUGCUGCUUAUGACACUGAAGAUGUUCUUGACAAAUUCAAGCUUCACCUUGUACAUCAUCGCGGCAAUGGAUUCGGUGGUUUUCUUUGUAAGGUUUUCUACUUCGCCAAGACUUUAAAAGCUCGCCACCAAAUUGCUUCUGAAAUACAAAGAAUCAAGUCCAGGGUCAUCAAUAUUUCCGAGGGACAUAAAAGAUACCAUGAUAAAUAUGGUAUACUAGAGCAAGGCUCAAGGUCCACUGUUGUUAACAAUUCAUGGUCUGAUUGUCGUGGCGAUGCACUUCUAAUCCAAGAAGCAAAGCUAGUGGGCAUUGAAAUGCCCAAAAGACAACUGAUGGAGUGGCUUGUCCAAGGAGGUUCGGGGUUGAAAGCGAUUUCUGUGGUGGGAAUGGGCGGCAUAGGCAAAACAACUCUGGUUAAAAAAGUCUACGAUGCUGCCGCCGUGAAGAAGCAUUUUAACAGCCAUGCUUGGCUCACUGUUUCGGAGUCAUUUGGGGUUGAGGAUCUCCUGAAGGACAUGAUUCGACAAUUGUUCCAUGAAAUCAUGCAACCAGUCCCUGUUGGAGUUGAAACUAUGAGCAUCAAUAGGCUAAAAUGUCUAGCUAAUGAUUUUCUACAGCAAAGGAGGUACGUGGUUGUUUUCGAUGAUGUUUGGAAUGUCAAUGCUUGGGAGGCUAUCAAACAUGUGCUGCCUGACAACAAUUGUGGUAGCCGUGUCAUUCUCACAACUCGUUUCGCCCAUAUAGCUUCUACCUGUUGCGAAGAAACUAAUGGUCAUGUUUAUACCUUGAUGCCGUUGUCCCAAGAGGAGUCUUGGAUGCUGUUUUGCAACAAGACUUUUCGGGGGAACUUAUGCCCUCCAAACUUGAAGCAAAUUUCUCAUCGAAUCUUAAAAAGAUGCGAGGGACUGCCACUUGCAAUUGUAGCGAUAAGUGGUGUUUUGGCUACAAAGGACAAAAGCCGAAUAGAUGAAUGGGAAAUGCUUUAUCGCAGUCUUGGUGCUGAAUUAGAAGGCAAUGACAAACUACAGAGUAUGAAAAAAGCACUCUCUCUCAGCUAUAAUGAUCUGCCUUAUUAUCUAAAGAUUUGUUUCUUAUACUUGAGCAUUUUCCCGGAGGAUCAACAGACAUCGUGCGAAAGAGUAAUUCAACUUUGGACAGCAGAAGGGUUUGUGAAUGGCAUUGAGGGGAAGACAAUAGAAGAAGUUGCAAAUGGCUAUCUCGAUGAGCUAUUCAAUAGGAGCCUGAUUCAAGUGGCAAAUAGACAUCCAAAUGGAAGGCCUUCUAAAUUUCGUAUUCAUGAUCUGAUGCGUGAAAUUAUUGUUUCAAAGGCGAGAGAGCAAAACAUUGUAACAACAAUUUGUAGACAGGGCUCAAGGUGGUCGGAGAAGGUUCGCCGCCUAUUGAUCCGAAGCACCUUGGAUAAUAUGGAAUAUAGCGAGCAUUCUUCUCGACUUCGUUCUCUGUUUGUAUGGGGACCGAUGGAUUCAUUGCCUAUUGCAUCCUUGCAUGAGUUGUUUAGACGUGGUUCGAGGCUGCUAAUAGUGUUAGAUUUGAGUGGUACUCCAUUGGAGACUAUACCAGAUGAAGAUGGUCCCAAAGUUGAUUGGGAAGCUUGAGAACUUGGAGACCUUAGAUCUACAAGGAACCUAUGUGACUAGGCUUCCUGAUGAAAUCCUACGCCUUGAAAAAUUGCGCAAUCUCCUAUCAUUUCAUUUUAAAUCAAGAAGCAUUUAUUUUGAAUUUGGAGAUGUGAGUGGCUUUAAAGCUCCAUCUCAAAUAGGAAGCUUGCAGUCGCUACAAGUGCUAUCCCUGAUAGAGGCAGACCAAAGAAGUGGAUGUGGGAUUAGUAUAGUAAAAGAGCUGGGGAGGCUAACCCAACUAAGGGAGUUAGCCAUUUGGAAUUUAAGAAGAGAAGAUGGGGUGACUCUGUGCUCUUCCAUUGAAAAGCUCAGCAAUCUUCGUAGAUUAGAUAUAAUUUCAACCAAAGUGGAUGAGAUCCUUGAUCUGCAAUCUCUAUCUCCAGUUCCUCGAUUUCUUCAACAAUUAUACUUGAUUGGACGUUUGGAGGAAUUUCCGCUCUGGAUACCUUCUCUCCAUGGCCUUGUCCGUUUACGUUUAGGGUGUAGCAAGUUAAGGGAUGAUCCUUUGCGAUCCUUACAAGAAUUACCCAAUUUGGGUGAGCUAAUACUUGAUAAGGCAUACGAAGGCGAGGUACUGUAUUUCAAGGCAGGAGGAUUUCAGAGGCUUAAACAUUUACGUUUUUCUAAAUUAAAAGGAUUGCGAUGGGUGAGAGUGGAAGAUGGAGCAAUGCCCCACCUUGAAACUCUAAUUAUCGUGAAUAGUGAUUUGAUGGAGGAGGUCCCUUCAGGCAUCAAACAUCUGACCAACCUUCAAACAUUUGAGCUUUUUGAAAUGUCUCAGAAACUGAUUUCAAAAUUGGAUCAAGAUGUACAAGAUGGGGAUUAUUGUAAAAUAGCUCACAUCCCUGAAGUUCAAAUUGGGUACUUAGAACAUGGUCAAAGGAAGAUAAAGUUCCUAUGAAGAGAGAAAGGAGAAGAGCUCUCUCUAGAUUGGAUCAGUAUCAUAAUAAGUAAAUUAUUUCUUUUCCCUUUUUCUCAAUUUUA